GAGAGGAUGAGAAUGACUAUAACCGGGUCAAGGAUAAAGAUAAUAACGUCGCCAAACAGAUGAUGCGUCAAGUAAACGCUCCUUCUCUCGAACUUUUUCUUCAGCGCCCGCCCUUGAUUGUUUUCUUCUUCUGUACCAACACUUAGCGAUGAAGCCAGGAAAAUCAGCUUUGAAUCCCCACGCAAGGAGCUUACGUACGUACCACUCUCGAAAGAAGAGGGUUGUUUUGCAAAGCCUGCUGCUGCUGCCACACUUCACGUGCAGUACCAACCCUGUGGAGCAUAUGUUUAUGAGAUGGAGUCCAAGGAAUGGGAACUUUUUUAAGUUCUCAAAUGUACACACCUGUCACAAUCAGCAGAUGAGGGAUGAGGAUUUGAAGUUGGAGUUGGACACGGAAGAGAAAUUUGCAAUCCUUUUAGAUAAUUUGUCUCACGAGUCUAUCAUAGAUGCUUACUUGGCCAACAGUGGUGAUUUGGAUGCAACCAUCGACAUGAAUCAGCUGCUCGCGAUAGACGGUGGAAAAGGAGGUUGGGGGGGGGGCCGACAGUAAAUAAAUAAAUAUUUCGGUUUGGGGGUGGGGAAGUCUCGCAAUUAGGUUAUCCGAAGAUUGAGAGAGAGAUGGAGGUGGAGACGAUAAUGGCGUCGAAGGAUUUGUGUUUGUACAAUACGAUAACGAAUCAGAAGGAAAAUUUAAAGCCAAUCAAUCCAGGGAAGAUCGGAAUGUAUGUCUGCGGAGUCGCACUUCACAGUUACGAUUCCCUCAAUCUCCACGAAGCUCGAACAUCCGUUGCUUUUGACGUCCUUUACAGAUACUUAAGGUACUUGGGUUACCAAGUUAAUUAUGUGCGGAGUCUUGGAGACCUUAAUAACAUGCUAUUCUUAAAAGCUGAGUUCCAUCGGGAGAACCCAGUAGACUACAGCAGUCGCCUCCGCAAGCAGUAUCUUGCAGAUAUGAAUGCUCUUCAGUGCCUCCUUCCCACCCACGAACCUCGUGUCAGUGACCAUGUGGAGCACAUCAUCAAUAUCAUUAUAAAGGUCAUUGAGAAAGGUUAUGGGUAUCAAGUGGGUGGUGAUGUUUUCUUCUCGGUCCAUAAGUCACCAAACUAUGGUCAACUACUUUCUAGUCAAUCACUAGCUGGUAAUCGUGUCAGUGGGCGUGUUGCGCUUCUUGAUCUUAAAAAGCGCAAUCCUGCUGACUUUGCACUGUGGAAGGCUGCAAAACCUGGUGAAGAAGAACCAAGCUGGGAGAGCCCUUGGGGACUAGGUAGACCAGGAUUGCACGUAGAGUGCAGAGCAAUGAGCACCCUUUACCUCCCUCCGAGAUUUGACAUUCACGGUGGUACUGCAAAUCUGAAAUUCCCGCACCAUGAAAACGUGAUUGCCCAGACUUGUUGUGAAGAAGAUAGUAGUGGUGCGAAUUUCUGGUUGCACAGUGAGCAAGUCAUCUACAACGACGACCAUAAGUUGCAAAGACAUGGUCGAUAUAUUACAAUUGGAGAAAUGAUGGUCGUGUUUCACCCACUGGCUGUGAGAUACUUCUUGAUGAGUGUGCACUACCGCACUUCCCUGACCUAUACCAAGCACGAGCUAGAGGUUUCGUCAGACUCUUUGUAUAAUGUAUAUCAGACAUUACAAGAUCUUGUUGAAGCUCUGGCUCCAUAUCAAGAAGCACUAAAAGACAAGAAUAGAAAGUACUAUAAGCAGACUUCAGAAGCUCAAGACGCUAUUAAGAAAUUGUGGAGGGAUUUUGAAGAGAAAAUGUCAGACGACCUGAACUCACCUCACAUACUCAGAGACGCGUUGCCAAGAACGAUGAAACUCAUCAAGGUUUUAAUCACCAAACUCAAGAAGAAAACGAAGAGGAUGUCGCUGGUUGUGUCGCUGGUGGAGCUCGAGAAAGCAGCGAGGGGAAUCCUCGAUGUGCUUGGUCUGCUCACGAGUCUGAGCUACGAAGAGCUUUUGAAAGAGAUGAAACAAAAGGCAUUAGGAAGAGGAAAAUUAGGGGAAGAAGAAGUAUUACAGUUGAUUGAAGAAAGGAAAACGAGACGGGACCUGAAAGACUUUGAGAGAAGCGACAAGAUUAGAGCUUGGUUGAAAAGCAGAGGAAUCUCCCUCAUGGAUAUUCCUGGAGGAAAAGACACUCUGUGGAGGCCCUCCUUCCUUUUCAGCCCUCAGCCUAAACCUGGAAAAUGAUACUCUGUGGAGGCCCAUGCUCCCUUGCAGCUCUAAGCCUUAACCUGGCGAGUCAAAGGCAACACCUCCUUGAUCAUUUUAAACUUAUGCUUCUUCUGCAGCAUAAUGAACUCUUUUUAUGUGUCUACUCUUUUUUUUUAAUUUAUGUUUUGUUGUUGUCCAAUGGAAGACAUAUUGAUGACUUAGGGCCUUAUGUUUAAACAAAUGCUGUGUGUUUUAUUUUAUGCCUUUAUUGGAAUUCAUAUUUUUCUCA